GGCAGCGUGCGAAUGUGCUGGCUGUCUACCUGUGAACGGGAGCGGGCCGCUACCAAAACAAGGCUAACUUGUUUUCCCUACAUGAGGAGGUUUUCCCGAGGAGCUCGGAUAAACCACCAGAACACAGCUGGAGCCGCCCCGUGAGCUGGACCCGGACCCGGACCAGGACCAGGACCAUGUCUGUUGUUUUCGUCCCGAAGAGGCAGCGCGGGAAAGCGCAGAUCAACCAGGAGACCAUCCAGCGGGUGAGACGAGCCGCGGCCGCUCCUCUAAACACUGUCCGCUCACGUUCAGCCAAGCGCCUGACUGUCCUCUGCUUCCAGCUCCUGGACGAGAACGACCAGCUGGUGAGGUGCAUCGCGGAGUACCUGCAGAAAGGCCGGGCGACGGAGUGCGUGCAAUACCAGCAGAUCCUUCACAGGAACAUUGUUUAUUUAGGAACGAUAGCUGAUGCCAGCCCUGAUCUGCCUGACGCCACAACAGCUUCUUGCGAAGAGGCAGCAACACCAAAUGGUACCACAGAGAAUUCGGAGCCGUCGAAUCGGAGCAGCUGACGAGUGCAUCUGCCUACAGACUUUGUCCCGUUUACAGUAUUUCAUGUCUAUUUAUUACUGUUGAAUAAUAAAUAAAAGGCUCGUCCCACUUUCCCCCCUCAGUGUUGCUUGAGAACCGGGUGACCAGGUGAGAGGCCUUAAAAACAGCA